AAAAAAAGGAAUAUUUAAUCGCGCACGGCGCACGCAAAGGCCGCGGCUAUGGUGAUUCACUGUGGUGCGCCGCCUGGCGGGCGUACAAGUAGCGACGCCUCGUCGUUGUUGCGCCCGGCCUCCGUGCGCAGCGCUUCCUCUCCUCCGUUUGUCCUCCUCCUCCCUCGCAACCUCUCCGCUCCGAAGCAGCAGCAGCAGCAGCCGCGGCGGCGGCGCCGUCGUCGUCUCGACCUCCCCGUCCGCUCUUCCCUCUCCUCCCCACCUCCUGCCGAUAUGGAUGCUGCAGUGACAGGGCUAUACCCAUUGCACCGGUGCAAGACGCUUCACCUGGUUCGGCAUGCGCAAGGAAUUCAUAACGUGGAAGGAGAAAAGAACCACGAUGCCUAUUUGUCGUAUGAUCUCUUUGAUGCUCAUCUCACCCCUGUCGGCUGGCAGCAGGUUAGCAACUUGCGCAAGCAUGUCCGAGCAUGCGGACUUCCCGAGAAGAUUGAUCUUGUCAUCACUUCCCCUUUGUUGAGAACUAUGCAAACAGCUGUUGGAGUUUUUGGUGGUGAAGGUGAUACAGAUGGAAUAGUUGCACCUCCUUUGAUGGUUGCAAAUGCAGGGAAUAGCGAUCAUCCUGCUAUUUCAAGUCUCAAUUGCCCACCAUUUAUUGCCGUAGAACUUUGUCGUGAACAUUUGGGAGUUCAUCCUUGUGACAAAAGACGAAGCAUUAGCGAGUAUCGGUCGCUCUUUCCUGCAAUUGAUUUUUCAUUGAUUGAGAAUGAAGAUGAUGUCUUGUGGACGCCUGAUGUUAGAGAAAAGAAUGAGGAAGUUGCUGUUCGAGGAAUGAAGUUCUUGAACUGGUUGUGGACACGGGAAGAGAAGGAGAUUGCAAUUGUUACCCACAGUGGAUUCUUGUUUCAUGCCCUCAGCACCUUUGGAAAUGAUUGUCAUCCAUCGGUGAAGAGUGAAAUGUGCAAACACUUUGCGAACUGCGAACUCCGCUCAGUUGUCAUUGUGGAUAGAGGGAUGACAGGAUCAGAUGCCUCCAGGACUAACUAUCCAGGGAAAAUUCCUGAUGGUCUUGAUCUUCCAAGUGAUGUUGCCAAUGGCAAGCGCUAAAGGAAGGUCCAUGUGGAGGAUGCUAACCAUUCAAGGCAACGGAUGGUUCAAUUAGUCUCCCAUACUCUUGAUUCAAUUAAAUGAUUGAGGCGCGCAGCUUGACACCUAUUAUUUUUGGUGGGAAUCAGUUGCACCACACCAUUGACUCUGAACUUGUAGGUGCCAAUUCAUUACAACAAUAAAAGGACGUGGUAUAAUUUAUUUAGCCCAAUUAACUGAAUUAAGGUUGAAUUUCA